CCAUUCUUAUGUUGGCCCAGAUUACAGCGUGCAAAAGAACACUGGAAAAAUUUCUCUAGAACAGAUCGAUGCUCUUGCUGUGAAAUCAUUCCCUCUUUGCAUGCGCCAGUUGCACAAAGCCCUACGUGAUAACCAUCACCUCCGUCACGGAGGCCGUAUGCAAUAUGGAUUGUUCUUAAAAGGCAUCGGCUUGACUCUGGAACAGGCACUGGAAUUUUGGAAGAAAGAAUUUAUUAGAGGAAAAGUUGAUGCAGACAAGUUUGACAAAGGAUAUGCUUACAGCAUUCGCCACAGCUAUGGGAAAGAAGGAAAGAGGACUGAUUAUACCCCGUACAGCUGCAUGAAGAUUAUCAUGUCCAAUCCUCCAAGUCAAGGGGAUUAUCAUGGGUGCCCAUUCCGCCACAGUGAUCCUGAGCUAUUGAAGCAGAAGCUGCAGUCAUACAAGAUCCCUCCCAGUGGAAUAACUCAGAUCCUGGAAUUGGUGAAGGGCAUGCAUUACCAGCUGGCCUGUCAGAAGUACUUUGAGCUGACGCAUGAUGUUGAUGACAUUGGAUUUUCUCUGAAUCAUCCUAAUCAGUAUUUUACAGAGAGUCAAAGGCUCUUAAGUGGUGGUAGAGAACUGAAGAAGGAACUAAAUAAUUCAGGAAACUCUCAACAAAAAAGUAAUAGUCAGGAAAGCAUGAAUUCAAAUUCAACUCCCACCUCUUCAAGUACAACAGCUGAUGCAGAACUGGAGGGACUGGAGGCAUACUUCACUGAAGACUAA